AUGCUCGUCGUGCACCUCGCCCUUGCUGGGCUGGCCUCUCUCGCUGCAGCAGAGCCGCUCUUGACCACCAGAGCGCUGCGCGACGGCGUACCCGCCCUUCCUCUCGGCCUUCAUCGGCAUCUCGCCGCGCAGGAGCGCGCCGCCGCACAACUCGCACAAGGACCGGCGUGGCCUGCAGGAGCCGACCAGCUGGCCUUCUCGAGUGCCGAGACGGUGCAAGAUUACCCGGCGCACACGUUCCAGCAGCUCGUCUCGCACGACCCGGCCGUUCCACCUUCCACGCCCAACGCGACCUUCUCGCAGCGCUACUGGUUCGACGCGUCGCACUACAAGCCCGGUGGACCCGUCUUCCUCCUCGACGGCGGCGAGACGGACGGCGCCGGCCGCAUCCCGUUCCUGCGCCAGGGCAUCCUCGCCAUCCUCAGUCGGGCCACGCACGGCCUCGGCAUCAUUCUCGAGCACCGGUACUACGGCGAGUCGUUCCCUGUCGAGUCGCUCUCGACGGACGACCUGCGCUUCCUCGACACCCGCCAGUCGCUCCACGACAGCGCGCACUUCGCCCGCACCGUCAAGAUCCCUGGUCUCGAGCACGUCAACCUCACCGCCGGAUCGGCCGCCCCGUGGUACUAUAUCGGUGGCUCGUACGCCGGCGCCAAGGCGGCGUUCGCGAGAAAGCUUCAUCCGGACGUCUUUGACGGCGCCAUCGCCAGUUCGGCGGUCACGACGGCCAUCGUCGACUUCUGGCAGUACUACGAGCCCAUCCGCGCCUCUGCGCCGGCCGACUGCAUCGAGCGCCUCGUCGAGAGCACCUCUCUCGUCGACACGAUGCUCGCCCUCAACUCGCCCUUCCUCACGCCGCCGCUCAAGGCCCUGUUCGGCCUCGACAACGUCACGUCCGACGCCGACUUUGUCAACGCGCUUGCGAUCCCGCUCGGGUCGUGGCAGGCGCGCAACUGGGACGGCGCGGUCGGCAGCUCUCGCUUCGACGCCUUCUGCGCCGCCCUGACGAACAAGACGUCAACCGCCAUCGCCGCGUCCGCCCUGUCCGACUCGCUCGUCGCCGCCUUUUCCCCGACCCUCGGCGCCACCUCGUUCCCGCAGGACCCGCGCAAGGCGAUCGCGAGCCUCGCGGCGUACGGCGAGUACGUCAAGCAGCACGUCGCACCGCUGUGCCCGCCCGACGAGUCGCAGGACGCGUGCUUCGGGACGGACGAGUACCCGGGCGACGCGCUCGACGACUACGAGUGGCGCUCGUGGGCGUACCAGUUCUGCACCGAGUGGGGCUACUUCAUCGGCGCCGCGCCCGAGGGCACGCCGUCGCUUGUGUCGCGCCUGUUGACGGUCGAGUACACGAGCAAGAUCUGCCGCAAGGCGUUCCCGCCCGGCGAGCUCAACCGCGUACCGGUCAUGCCCAACAUCACGGCGGUCAACCAGUUGGGCGGCGCCAACCUGUCGCACUCGCGGCUCGCGUUCGUCGACGGCAGCGAGGACCCCUGGCUCUACGCGACGCCCCACUCGCCGACGGCGCCCAACCCGCACCGCAAGGACACGCUCAAGCGCCCGUUCAAGCUCAUCAAGGGCGGCGUGCACCACUGGGACGAGAACGGCCUCCCUCCCGGCCGCACCGAGCCGCCCGAGAUCGCCAAGAUUCACCGCGCCGAGGUCGACUUUGUCCAAACCUGGGUGAGCGAGUGGAGGGAGAGGGAGGGGGGCAAGGGCAAGGGUAGGUGGCGCUGGAAGGGGGCUCUCGCAGGCGGUGCGGGAGAUGGCGAGGGCGAGGAAGGCGCGAGGGAGGUCGGACGGUGGCUGUAG